AUGGCACCUAGGCUUCCUCCUCCUCCACCUCCUCAGUCGGAGCCCUUUGAGUCCAAUGCUCGACUGAAGGCCAUACUUGAGGCACUGCAGCAGCAGAAUGCUGCCUUAGUGCAACAAAACACCAUUGCUCUACAAAGUUUAGAAGCUGCAAGGGUGUCAGUUGACAAUGCAAGGAUGGAGACUGAUAACACCCAAAGACAACUCAUGCAGAUGCUGGCUAGAGGUGUACCCACUCCCAGUGCUACCUCAUCUGCUGCUCCAACUCAAGAGUGGACCUUGGAGAGUUUUCUCCAACACCAUCCAGCCAGGUUUAAUGGAAAGUGCAGUCUUGAUGAAGCUGAUCACUGGUUCCAAGACAUGGAACGUAUCUUUGAGGCGAAAAGGUGUCCUGAUGAGAGAAAACUGGCCUACACCCAGUAUUUGCUAAGAGGAGAAGAUGACCAUUGGUGGAAUAGCAUGAAGAUGAUCUUGACUAGAAGAGAGACUCCUAUUACCUGGGAGUUAUUCAGGACCAAAUUUUACACUGAAUACUUUCCAGACAGUGUGAGAUUUGCAAAAGAAGUGGAGUUUCUGGAGCUAGCACAAGGCAACAGAUCAGUUUCUAAGUAUGCGGAUCGAUUCAAACACCUUCUCCGCUUCAACACCAUGACGGUAGAUGAAGACUGGCAGUGCAGGAAAUUUGAAAAUGGGCUGAGGAAGGAUAUAAAGUUGUUGGUGAAGGGGUUGCGCAUCAGAGAGUUCUCCGCUUUAGUGGAGAUGGCCCGUGAUAUGGAGAAGACCAAGGGAGAACCAGAAAGGCCACAGAAUCAGCGGAUCCAACCACUAAGGGUUGGAGGACCUGCAGUAUCGAGGGGUGGAUCCAGCUUUAGGACGACCCCUUUCUCUAGACCUACCUUUUCUGGGUCCAGGGGUUCAUCAUCUCAGCCUUCAGUAUAG